AGCCAUCAAAACUGUCAAAACAUUAAAAACCGAACACAUGAGUGUAAUAGGUUAUAAUUUUGAAAUUUUAUUCCCAUUUACAACUAUUAAUUUAUUUGAAAAAAAAAAUGUUUAUCAUUAAACAGCUCGUUAAUGGUAGAAUUAUACAAAUCACAAAUUUACAACAAUUACGAUAUAUUCCAAGAUGGUCAAGUCGUACACCUAAAAAGGUAUACAUGCCUGAAGAAAUAAAUGAAAUUGAGAAGGAAUCAAAGACUUAUGAUGAAAGAAUAAUUCCAGAUGACAAACUAGAUUCUAUUCCAAAUUUAAGCCUUGAAACUAGAAAUUCCAAACCUAAAAAAAAACUUCCAACUCUUCGAAAAUUGAAAAAUAAAGAGGAAAAACAGAAUGACAUGUUAGAAACUAUAAUAGAUUCUGAUGGUAAUCUGGUAUACACUAAAAUGAAUAAUAACGACUCCAGAGUUGCGAGAAUUCUAUCGAAUUUGAAGUCGCCUAAAUCUCUUAAAAAGAAAGAAUCGUUUCUAAUAGAAGGAAAAAGACUAAUUAAUGAAGCUCUGAAAUCUGGUUGUAAAUUAGAAUAUAUUCUGUUCAGUAGAAAAAAUGAGCUUGAAGAAAUAAAAACUGAUUUGCCUAAAUUAGGGGCAAAAAUCUACAAAAUGCCAUAUAGGGAAAUGGAGUUAUGGUCAGAUUUGACAACAAAUCCUGGAAUUAUGGGGGUGUUUAAAAUACCUGAAUUGAAAGAAACCAAGUAUUCAUUACCUGUGAACAUUAUAUGUGAUAAUAUUCGAGAUCCUGGAAAUCUAGGUUCAAUUUUAAGAACUUGUGCUGCAGCAGGAUGUAAAACUAUCAUCUGUACUAAAGGAUGCUGCGAUAUUUGGAAUGGCAAAGUAUUGAGAGGGGCAAUGGGAGCUCAUUUCAAAAUUCAAAUUGAAAAAUUAGAAUGGAAGCAAAUUGAAAAACGUAUCAGCUCAACAUCUUGGUUCAUAGCAGAUAACAAUUUAGUUAAGACUUUCAAGAAUACAUCCAUGAUAAUAGAUUUAAUUAAUACGAUACCAAUAGAAUCAUAUCAUCUUUUAAAGUAUAAAGGUUCACAUGAAAUCUCUUUAAUAAUUGGAGGAGAAACUGAGGGCAUAAGCGAAGAAGCAUAUAAGAUAGUGCAUUCUAAAGGUGGAUUAAGAAUAAAUAUACCUUUGAACAACAAAGUUGAAAGUUUAAAUAGUGGUACAGCUUUAGGUAUUCUAUUAUUUGAAAUCAAAAGACAAAUAGAUACUUGAUUUUGAA